AUGACUUGCAAAUUCAUCAUUCUGGCCGCCCUGGCAGCAACCGUUAGCGCCCAAUACUACCACCAUUCUGCCGAAGAAGACCACCACGCACCAGCGGAGUACAAGUUCGAGUACUCCGUCCACGAUGACCACACCGGAGAUAUCAAGAGCCAGCAGGAGGAACGCCACGGAGACAGCGUUAAGGGACAGUACAGCCUGAUCGAUGCCGAUGGCUACCGUCGCGUUGUGGACUACUCCUCGGACAAGCACACUGGAUUCAACGCCGUCGUCCGCCGGGAACCGAUUAAGGGCCACCACGUGGUUGUGGCUGCCCCGAAGAAGAUUGUGCAGUACGUCAAGCCAGCGCUGGUGCACCAUGUUCAGCCGGUGCAGCACGUCGAGUACCACCACCACGUGGCACCACAGGUUCACCAUGUGCAGCCGGUGAUUGCCACCUCCUACACGAGCCAUCAGGCGCAGUCGCACACCAGCUUCAAAAGCGGAAAGAUUGUUUACCAGUAUUAA